UUUGCAUACUUUCUAUUAAGUCAACGGUCAAACACCAACACCAAGCCAUCCUAUCCCAUCACCCUUCUUCCUCAAUCUGUGAUACAAUGACCAUUGAUGAACCAGAGCCUGAUCCUACUUCUGAUCCCAUCUCAGAGUGGUUGGCUGGUCCCUUAUCAUAUAUUCAGUCGUUCCUCGACGAACCGCAUAGCCUCGAUGAUUUUUUCGAGCCGUAUAACCUCGAUGAUUUUUUCGAGCCGUAUAACCUCGAUGAUUUUUUCGAGGACUCGUGGUGGGCUCCUAGUAAAAAUAUAAACCAAGAAAUACACGUCAACAACGACAACAACAAUAACAGUUUAACGCCCUUUGACACUAGCUUCUUUGUCACAACUGCGAGCACUAUCCCUUUGGAGCCUAUCAUUUCAAGUCACCUUCCGCCAUUGGAGUCAUCCAAGAAAAGGAAAGGGAAUGAUUCUGAUUACAAUCCCAAGGUGUCGCGGAAGAAUCAGAACCGUCAGGUCAAGGAUGCAGAUGAUGGGGAAGUUAUUGUGGACAAACGGGUGCAACCCAAAAAAUCAGGACACAAGAAAGCAACACACAAGUCAACAGGAAAUAAGGGUAACAACAGAGAUGGAAGAUGGGCAGAGCAGUUACUCAACCCUUGUGCUGCUGCCAUCACUGCUGGAAAUUUGAACCGUGUGCAGCAUUUGUUGUAUGUUCUGCACGAGCUUUCCUCACUAAAUGGAGAUGCUAACCAUCGGUUGGCUGCUCGUGGGCUCCAGGCGCUGACACAUCAUCUUUCUAUUCCAUGCUCAAUUUCAACAUCUUCUGCUUCUUCUGGUGUUACUACUUUUGCUUCAACAAAUCCAAAGUUCUUCAAGAACUCACUGAUCAACUUCAAUGACAUCAGUCCCUGGUUCCGCAUACCCAAUAGCAUUGCCAACUCCUCAAUACUCCAAAUUCUUGGGAAACAGGAUUCAUCCCGGAACCUGCACAUUCUUGAUAUUGGAGUCUCUCAUGGUGUUCAAUGGCCAACGUUGCUUGAGGAGUUAACCCAUCGAUCAGGCGGGCCGCCACCAUUGGUUCGUCUGACAGUUAUAACACCUACCAUAGAAGACGCUCAACUAAGAAAUAGUCCAUUUUUAGUUGGCCCAGGUGGUUACAACUUUUCAGUGCAACUCCUUGCCUUUGCCAAGGCGAUUAACAUCAAUCUACAAAUCAACAGACUGGAGAAUUACCCACUUCAGAAUCUUGAUUCCCAAGUGAUAAAUUCAUUCUCAGAUGAAAUCUUGGUUAUUUGUGCCCAGUUCAGGCUCCAUAACUUGAAACACAACAAUCCAGACGAGAGGACAGAGUUGUUGAGAACACUGAAAAGCUUAAAGCCGAAAGGAGUGAUUUUGAGUGAGAACAAUAUGGAUUGCAGCUGCAACAGUUGCGGGGACUUUACAACAGGAUUCUCAAGGCGAGUGGAGUACUUGUGGAAAUUCUUAGAAUCCACCAGUGUAGCUUACAAAGGACGUGAGAGCGAGGGAAGGAGGAUGAUGGAAGGUGAGGCAGCCAAGGCUUUGACAAACACGGGAGAGAUGAAUGAGAGAAAGGAGAAAUGGUGUGAAAGAAUGAGGACUGUUGGUUUCAAAUGGGAGUUGUUCGGAGACGAUGCCAUUGAUAGAGCUCGUGCAUUGUUGAAGAAGUAUGACAGCAACUGGGAGAUGAGAGUGGAUGAGAAGGAUGGCUGUGUGGGUCUGUGGUGGAAAGGAGAACCUGUUUCAUUUUGUUCAUUAUGGAAAGAUAGAUCCCAACACAUGAGAUGCACAAGGCAAAGUAAUGAAUGA